CAGGGCUGCAACAAGAGUUACAUCUCCAUAGUGUAAUAUAGUGUCCUUCCUCGUCGCAUGUGGUUAAAUAGUGCUUUACAAGGUUCUCUGUGCUUCGAUUUUGUGCUUAGAUAUACACCCAGUCUGGUUUUGUCCAACUGGACCCACUAAAAUAUCAUCAGGAUUUACUUACCCUGUACAUUUGGGAAGGAAAUACAGCUAUAAAACGCGUAUGCUCACUUUCUUCGCGGUCAAGAGGGAAAUCGCAUAGCUCUACUGACUAAUUUGUGGACUCGAGGCUGAAGUUCAGAUUGAACUUGUCCCGUUGAAUUCGAAUUGGACUUUACGCUGAGGGGCGAGGCGGCGGAUGGAUACAAAUACGUGUGAUGCGGUUACUGUUUGGUUUGACGUGAUACUCCUCUGUUCUCCAAAACUUUUGAACGAUUUAUCGUGUAACCGAUCAGUCUCGACAUCAAAUGAAGAAGAGUGAGACAAUGUUCUGCUAAAUUGAAAACGUGAGCAUCUCCACUGCGGUUUCCUGCGCUCACAGAAGCUCUUCAGACCUGACCACAUCAACACGAUGGAGUUUCAGUUUUUCACAUCUCUUUCCUGUAUGAGGCAUUUGUUCGAUUCCCAUGCGUUGUACGCAAUUCACCAUUUCAAUCGAAAUUGUGGCGGCAUUGAUUAUUCCCAGGAAUACUCGCCUCAUUUGCACAGUCGGCUUAAGAGCUCCCUCUUUCCUACUGGCUAACGAAGGCCAAUCAUAGGCGGAGGGAGGAGCCUGCACAGACGGAGGACUAAAUUGAUUGGAUGACAAAAACUUUUGACACUUACCCAAACUCAUCUUCCACAGAAUCCUCUCCUGGUUCCUCUAUCCCACCCUCACCUCUGGAGCAUGACGUCCAAAUGCCCUCUGACUUGGAGGUUAUGACCACUCUUCUUAAAGAAGAACUGGCUCAACUGGAGGAUUAUUACCUGUACGAAUCGACACCUAUGAAAUUGGAAAAAUGGCAAAAGUGUGACAAAAGCCUACAAGCUAUGGCCACGCAGUCAUACUAUCAGUUACCCUGCGCUUCGUACAAUGUUAACCAGCCUGAAACAAACCCCAGGCUGCUGUCCCUGGGGACUGGAGAGCUGGACCUACGAGGCUUCUGCGGGGGCUCUAUGAGCCGACCGAAAAUGUCUAGACCCAGCCCCUACAGCUACAUUCGGACACACUGCAAUAGCCAAAGAAUAUCAGCGAACGGAUGUAAAGACGUGGAGGUGUUUGAGAAAGAAACGUGGACUUUCAAAGGGACUCAUUCAGGUUACGCAGAGUUGGCUUUUGACCAGUGCUCUGUCGACAAAUCCUUCGCAAAGAGCCACGGCAGCGCAAAGAAGGUUCGAGAAUGUGCUUUACUGUUGAAGGAAGAAGAGAAAAGUUGCUUCACGGAAGACGUGUUUUACCGAGCGGAGAUGAUGAGAAGUUAUGAUCUCGGUGGGUCCCUGGAGCCCCACCACAGGAGAGAGGGCCAGAGCCACGGGAUGAAGAUGCUCGGCCAUGACGGGAUCGCCAUGCCGAUUUUGCAGUGCGCCGAGAACGAGAGCUGUCCGCCGUAUAAACAAUCCGACGUAGCCGAGUGUUACUUUCAUCAGAUCACUGCCAAUUUAGAGCCAUAUCACGGCUACAUGAACGAAAUCGAUCAGCCGAUUAGAACUGGGGCUGUUGAUAUCCAGAACAAUGACUACUUGCACCAUGAAUGCCUUGGGGAUCAAAGCUUUGAAUGUCUGUCCGGUGACAGUGUUGAGUCCUCUUUGGAGUUGCCCGUCCAGAAGCCACUGCAAAGGUCACGGGAAAGUCAGUGUGUGUUUAAACCAGAUGUUAAAGUAGGUUCUUUGGAGAGAAACCAUGGAGAACGCAAGCAAAAGAAGAGAGACCAGAACAAGUCUGCUGCCCACAGGUACCGUCAGCGUAAGAGGGCGGAGCAGGACUGUUUGGAGGAGGAGCUUCAUGGUUUGGAAGGGCGGAACAGAGAACUUCGGGACAAAGCAGAAUCUGUAGAGAGAGAGAUUCAGUAUGUGAAAGAUCUCCUGAUUGAAGUCUACAAGGCUCGCAGUCAGCGCUUAAAAGAGGAUUCCAGUGCCUAAACCUCUGUCUCUUACCAGCAUUUCACUUAUACCAGGCUCUGACAGCAUGUUUUUAUGCUCCGAAUAGUUAGUGAACCUCAAGAGCUCAUGUAUUAACAUGGUUUUGUUUUUCCAAAGCGAAAGCCGCAUGGUUUCAUGGAACUGAGAGCAUAAUAUCUGAAGCACUGUGACGAUAGCCUUGAAUACAUUCUAAUGACAUUGCUUGGGAUUUGAAUUUACAGCGAUAUAUUUAAUGAAAAGCUGCCCAUCAAGAUUUCACAUGGGACAUUACAUUGUUUUAGUGUACAAAAUAAGAUGUUCUGUACAGGCUUGCUCCGUUCUUUAUUUAUCAUGAAAUGUCAUGCUUACUCAACAGCACAACCUAAUGAGAAAUUGUAAUAAUGUAGCGACAUGGUCGGAAUUCUUACUAAUAUUGUAAUAAUGCAAAGCACUGCAAUGUAAAAUGUCACUAAUUUUUUGUUGUCUGCCCUUUUUUGCUUUAUAAUUUCAUGUAUUUCCUUAUAUUUCUCUUUUAUUUGUGAAAUAUCUCAUGUAAUUAUAUAUAGAAUACAGGAGAAAUAAUGCGUUUGCAAUGUUAUUUAAAUUGCUUUAAAAUAUAUUUUAAACCAAGGUUUAUAGUAUAUUAAUGACUGUUUUUGUUUGUUUUUUGGCUCAGGUAUGGAAUGCAUGUCUAAUACAUCGAAAAGCAUGUUGGGUUACAAUUUAUUGCAUGACCCAAAAUAAGAAAUGAAUGCUUUUGUGCAUUAUGACAAUAAUGUCAAAUUUUUAUUUUGCCCAUUUGUUUUAUUCUCAUUAACAUAGUGCUUUAAAAAUGUGCUUUUUUAAAAAUAAUGUUUAAUCAGUAUGAGAUAUAGAUUGUUUUAAUGCAGGUUUGCGGAAAACAAUCACUGUCAUUUGAUACAGGACUUUAAAAUUCAGAAGAAUUUGAAUGAUUUCAACAUUUUUGAACAGAUGCACAUUACUACAGUAGUAUACUGUGCCUCUGAAAACCGACAAGCGUAGCAAAUCUGAAUGCAUUCAUUUCUGCAGGUUCUAAUGUGUUUCAGAAUCUACCGACACUUGAUUAAUAAAUACAAAUUAUAUUGUGCAGUAAUUCUUAUUUUUGGUUGAUUAAAAUGUCAAUAAAUGAUUCUUAGAUAUUUUGAUGAA